AUGUCACCCUCUCAACCAUAUAAAUAUAAACAUCCUUCCAAUUGGAAGGAUUUCCCAAUACCACCAAAAGGUUUCGAAGAAUUGAACAACGCAUACACCUCUGGAGACUACACUACUGCUAUCAAAUUUCUUAAUUCUUUAUUACCAAAUCUUUCUGAUCAAAACAAUAAACGUUACGAAGCACGAGAACAUAUUUUUCUGUCGCGUGCUUUGUGUUUUCAACAAAUGCGAGAACAUCAUCAAGUUGUAUCGGAAACCACCGAAGUAGUAAAGAUUGCCGCCAAAACGGUUGCCUCAACUUCUAGCCUACCUUUAGACGAUCUCUCGGUUGAUUCCGAAGACUUCUCGUUUUGUUUAAUUCUGGCAUUAUGGCUUCGAAGCUUGGCAUUUGAAUCACUCGAGAGUUGGGAGCGUGCCAAAAAUGAUCUUGACACAUUGAAAACUCUAAUAUUCGAGAAAAACAGAGAUAAUAUGAUCCCUUUCAAAACGGAAGGGGUACUUUCAGUUUUUUUACCUCACAUGAUUCCAUUAAUAGCACAAUUUAAAUUUAAUUCUAUUUUAAUCAAUCUACAUUGUGUUAAUGAUCGUCAACGACGUAUGAAGGAUUUAGUUGCGAAAGAAGCCGCAAGACGCAACGAUGGUCGCAAGGCAUUUCGCUUAAUAGAUAGGGAUGCGGGAUGUCUUGAUGAAAUCGCGAAGAAAUUCCACUAUCGCUUGCUGCUGCGAAGACCGUUACAUCCCAACAUUCAUGUGAAUAUGUGGUAUACGUUAGAUUUAAUGUUUGUCAGUGAAGUGGGAUUAUUUAGAAAAGAAGACUUAUAUGGAGUUCAAGGUUAUGCAUUAGGAUGCAAGUUGCUGGAAAUUGGUAAUAUUAAUGAAGGAUCAGAAAAAGAAAAGUUUGAAGUUCAAGUUCGUCCAAUGAGUGUAGAAUCUCGUGAAUGGAGCGAUUGCGCUGAUGCAGAUUGGGCUGGGGUACAAAACGGGGGUAAAGGAGGGUUGGAGUUUCGGAUAGUAAAGUCGAUAAAACACGUAGAAUCCAAUGGAUGUAACGAAUUUAACAAAUUCAAUUGUUCUUCCGGUGAAUCUAAUAUAUUAAGCAAAUCUGAAGGUUCUAAUGGGAAUUCAAGUGACAAACUUUGGCGAAAAGAUUCUUCUUCCAAAACAUCUCUCAAACAAUUAUACUUGUAUGUCUAUCCUAUUCAAGAAGUUAUUAAUAGAAGUGACGAAGUUUUAAACUAUGAUAUUAAAGACGAUAGCGUUAAGGAUGAUAAUACCAUGAAUGGAAAUAAUAAAGGGUUAAAUCGAUGUGUACAUGAAAAUUACCUUGUACCCCUGAGUAUUGGUCCUAUUCGUCUUGUUACUUGUGAAGCGUAUUCUAGUUCUUGCGUCCAUCACUUACCUCCAAGUGGAUCCAAUGAAAAUAAUGAUGAUGCUAUUCAAUCUAAUAAUCUUUCAUGGGAUUCAAAACAGAGAACUACUUUAGUGUCUCUUUGUAAAAAAAGUCCUUGGAAUAUUGAUGAUUAUCUUGUUGAUAGUUACCGAGGUUUCGUUUUGCCAAAUGGAAAGUAUUUGAUAAUUAAGGAAUUGUGGGAUGCUGGAAUUCCUGGAAAAGUGUGGGAUUCUGCAUUCAUUAUUGUUCAAAUGAUUAAGGAUAUGAUUUUUAAGGAUCAAAACUUUUUUACUGGAAAGAGGAUUUUGGAUUUGUCGGCGGGAACCGGAUUUGUCGGUUUAUAUUUGGCUGCAUUUUUAUCUUCUGGAAGACCGGAAGAAACCAUGAAUAAUUCAACAACUAAUAUUAUAAUAACCGACUUGGAGCACGCGUUAAAAUUAAUCCGUGGUAACUUGGCGUUGAAUCAAUAUAUCUUGGAUUCCUGUAAUAAAGUGAAAAUUGAUGUAAAAGUAUUACAAUGGGGAGAUAUGCCGAGUAUAAGAAAAUUGGAAAUUCUCGAUUACGUCUUUGCUUCAGACGUCGUGUAUGAACCUGAAUCAUUUGAUACCCUUAUUCAAACCUUUAUAGCCGUGUGUACUCCAGGCCGUACAAAGAUAUAUCUUGGAUACAAAAGGAGAGGAUUAAAUAAAGACGAAGAAGGUCGUUUUUUUGAUAAAUUGAAAACCGUGUUUCAAAUGACUGCGGUUCAAGGAUUGGGAAUUCUGGCCGAAGAGGGGAAAGUUUUGAUGUUAUAUGCUUACUGGAAUUUUAAGAGUUUAAUUUAG